ACCCCGGGCCGUCUUGCGCUUGAAAACAUAGGGCUGCCGCGGGCCGCUUCUGCUUCCGGGUCACGGCUUGACAGCGGCUUCCCGGACCGAGCUCUGCCUACGGUUCGGCAGUCUGGAGCAUGUGAACAUACUCUGAGCCUUGAUGAGUUCCAGUAUGUGGUAUAUUAUGCAGAGCAUUCAGAGCAAAUACUCCCUCUCAGAACGCCUGAUCCGAACAAUUGCUGCCAUCCGCUCCUUCCCACAUGACAACGUAGAGGACCUCAUCAGAGGGGGAGCAGAUGUGAACUGCACCCACGGUACACUGAAGCCCCUGCACUGUGCCUGCAUGGUGUCGGAUGCUGACUGCGUGGAGUUACUGCUGGAAAAGGGGGCGGAGGUCAAUGCCCUGGAUGGCUACAACCGGACAGCCCUCCACUAUGCCGCAGAGAAAGAUGAGGCUUGUGUAGAGGUCCUGUUGGAAUAUGGUGCAAACCCCAAUGCACUGGAUGGCAACAGAGACACCCCGCUUCACUGGGCAGCCUUUAAGAACAAUGCUGACUGUGUGCGGGCUCUCCUAGAGAGUGGGGCAUCCGUCAAUGCCCUGGAUUACAACAAUGAUACACCGCUCAGCUGGGCUGCCAUGAAGGGAAAUCUUGAGAGUGUCAGCAUCCUUCUUGACUAUGGUGCUGAGGUCAGAGUCAUCAACUUAAAAGGCCAGACACCCAUCUCCCGCCUGGUGGCUCUGCUGGUUAGAGGACUUGGAACAAAGAAAGAAGACUCCUGCUUUGAGCUCCUCCAUAGAGCUGUUGGACACUUUGAAUUAAGGAAAAAUGGCACCAUGCCAAGAGAAGUGACCAAAGACCAGCAGCUCUGUGAAAAACUGACUAUGUUGUGCUCAGCACCAGGAACUCUUAAGACACUCGCCCGCUAUGCUGUACGCCAUAGCCUGGGUCUCCAGUACCUGCCCGAUGCGGUGAAGGGUCUUCCACUGCCAGCUUCUUUGAAGGAAUACCUGUUACUCUUAGAAUAGCCUGGAGGAGACAUGUCCGCCAUCAUGCAGACAACUCCGGGUGAGGUUUUCUUUGCAAUACUGUCUCUUUGUCAUGGAACACAGGAAAGAACUUGUUUCUAUUGUGUGGUUUAUAGAUUUUUGAGGCAGCACAUCACAACAGUAAUGUGUGCACCAUCCCCCCUCUCCAUACCGAGCAACCAAACCCAAAAUAAGAAACUUUCUGCACUUCUGUUUGCUGUUUUAUUGCUUAGUUGCCUUUUGAUCGUGAACCCUGCAAAAGAGGUCCCCCCACCCCCUGUAGGACACUUGAGAGCCAACAAUGUAACUAAAUUUCCCUAGGAAGAUGUAAAGUACUCAGAGUAUAUAUAGUCUUUCCUUUGGGGUCAUGGGUUAGCAGAAGUUUCUCCUAAAAAUGUUUAGUUGAUCUGAAGUGUAAGACAAAUCACAAUUCCAAUGAAUAAGAAUUAUGUUCCAAGGAUGAAUGCUUAAACUUCAGCUAGGGGGUAGACUCAGAACUGGGCAUUCAGAAGGGACUGGCUUCUUUCUCCUCACCAAACAGAUGACUGACUUCUUUGUCUUUUUCUAUAGUGUGAUUUCACAGGAAUAUCUUGCUGCUCCCCACAAGAAGAGCUACUGAGUCUCAGCAGUCCUGAGACUGCAGGGCCAUUCUCCUACUGUGGCUCUUUCCCUGAAACUCCUGCACUAGUGCGCUGAGCAGUUCCUGCACCUUAGAUGAGGUGUCGCUCUAGCAAGGCAGGGUGAGGGCACUGCCUUCUCCACAGAGCUUCACUCCCUAAGAGUCUGAAGUUGGUUUUUUCUACCCUCUUGGAACCUUUGCUUUUUAUUGGGCCAUAGGAAACGGUAGGAAAGUGGAGCUGGGAACAGAAUAUAAAAGGGGUUCUUUGGAAAGGACCUGUUUCAGUGAACAGUAUUCUUCCUUUUCGUGUUCUUAAACUAGAUGGAAGUUGGUACUGACCUUAAGUUAUCUGUAUGCAAGUUUGGAAAGCGCUUUUUAAAAAGCUGAUUGGAACUACACACAAAUGAAUAGGGCCGUCUGGCGCAGCUAACUGAAAAAGCCUGCCUGCUUUUGUCCUUCACUGUUGCCCGGUUUGCCCAUUGAAAAAAGAAUAAAUAAAUAAUUCUGAAAGCAAAU